GGCAGCUCUGGACAACAUGGGUACCACCGAGCUCUUGAUGUGGCUAUUCCUCUUAGGUUCAGCACUCAUGAAUGCCAGCUCAGGUAGCACCACUUCCACUCAUGUAAUGAGUACAGAUGCCUCCACUACUACCGGUGCUAUGCCUUCGAUGUCGGUUCCUCCAGAUGCCUUCCUGAGCCUGGUGAAUGGCAGUAAUGGGUGCGAGGGACGGAUCGAGAUUUACUCCUACGGGAGCCGGGGCACCGUCUGUGAUGACACCUGGGACCUGAGCGAUGCCCAGGUCGUGUGCAGGCAGCUGGGCUGCGGCUACGCCAUCGCUGCACCCGGCAGUGCCUACUUUGGGCAAGGCAGCGGCAGCAUCUACCUGGACGACGUUCAGUGCACAGGCAGCGAGGCCUCCCUCUUCCAGUGCCGGAGUGCAGGCUGGGGCGUCCACAACUGCAGCCACGGUGAAGAUGCUGGUGUUGUCUGCUCAGAUGCAAUUUCCACUACCUCUGUUCCCCCUCCACCCUCGACUACUCCAGCCAGAAAAUAUUUUUGUGGUGGUUUACUUUUGAAUUCCUCCGGAACACUUCAGAGUCCUUUUUACCCUUUGGAUUAUCCAGAUAAUGCAGACUGUCUGUGGGAAAUACAAGUAGUGAGCAAUUUCCUUGUUGUGCUCACAUUUAGAAGUAUUCAGUUGCAAGGUGGAUGCCAGAACAACUAUGUUGAAAUCUAUGAUGGGCCACCCAAUACUUCUCCCCUGCUUGGAAGAAUUUGUUCUGGCUCCAAUCUUACAUACACAUCAUCCUCAAACCUCAUGACCGUUAGAUUUCGCAGCGUCUCCAGAUAUUCAGGUGGAGGGUUUCAUGCUGACUAUCACUCCAUUCGAGCAGAUGAGAAUACCACUCUUGUGUGCUUGCCAAGCUAUAUGCACGUACUUGUAAAGAGAACCUAUCUCCAGUCACAAGGCUACUCUGUGGAGAACAUCAUCUUAUCUGAUGGUUCUUGUAGACCAACAAUUACGGUGACCCAAGUUAUAUUCAACAUUCCAUACAAUGGCUGUGGCACCCAAAGACAGGGCAACAACGAAACAAUCACCUACUCCAAUGUGAUAAAAGUGGCUGCUUCUGGUUACAUAAUUAAGAGGCAAAAGGACCUUAACUUGCACAUCAACUGCAAAAUGCUUCAAAACACCUGGGUACAAGUAAUGUAUAUUCCUGAUGACAUUAUUGAUGUCAAUGAAACUCAGUAUGGCAGAUACAAUGUGAACCUUUCAUUCUACAAUUCCUCGUCUUUCCUGUGGCCGGUGUAUGACUCUCCAUACUAUGUUGACCUGAGGCAAAAUUUGUUUCUUCAAGCUUCCCUUCAAAGCUCUGACCCAAAUCUGGUGUUGUUUCUGGACACAUGUGUGGCAUCACCUAAUCCUAACGAUUUUACGACUCUGACCUAUGAUUUAAUCAGAAGUGGGUGUGCUAAAGAUCCCACCUAUUACUUUUACCGUUCAUCAUACAGAUAUGUCACUCGGUUUGCGUUUAAUGCCUUUGAGUUUGUAAGUCAACAUCCAUCAGUUUACCUGCAGUGUGAACUGGUGGUGUGCAGGUACAAUGACUACUCUUCCCGAUGCUAUCAAGGCUGCAUCAGUAGGUUCAAGAGGAACGCAGAAACUCCUGAGGAAAAAGUGAAUGUUGUUAUUGGACCUAUUCAGCUUCGUGAAGCUCACACUGAGAACAGGAAAGCUAAGCUGGCCUCUGACAACCAGGAGAACAGGGAGUCCCUGAGCUCGGCUCCUGCAUCUGCUGCUGGGUCUCAUGCUCCACUUGCUGUGGCCACCGUGGUGCUGGUAGCUGCUGUCCUCACCAUGGCUGGGUUUCUGCUGAAGCGUAAGCUGCAGGAACCUGUUCCCUUCCAGAUCAUGUGAGAGGUGGUAAAACCCCUGCAGCUGUUUGGGGCUGAUGUUUUCGCUAGUCAGCUAUGGCUGUACAACUUCAGGAUUUGGUUUUGUAAUCUGUGCAGAGGGUAGCUCUUCUGUGACAAUUGCAGUACUUAGUUGCUGUUUGAAGAAUGCACUGCAGUGAGAUAACACUCUGUUAGAAUGACCUGAACUUAUAAAGAGUCUAGCUUUAAAAUCUUUCAGUCCAAAUACACAUACAAGCUAAGAAAAGCUUGAUUCUCCCAUCCCAGCAUCCAAAUAAGCUGCCAUCUUCAAUGCUGGACAUUUCACAUCAUCUCAGUUAAGUUCCUACUUUAAGCGUCCAUCUGAGGAGAUUGAGUGACUUCACUAACUUAAGAAAGAAGAACUGAUUUCUUUUGCUGUUGUUGAUAUGCAGAUAAAACACCUAUGUGGCACCAUGAACUGUUCCAGAGAGUAGUCUCAGAAAAAUAUUUUGUUUGGGUGAAAAUAAUCUCAAUAAUCAGCUGCAAGCAAAAAUACAUAGGGGUUGCAUAUAAGGAAUUACUCCUGUACAAUGUUUCUUUUUUUUGAUGGGUAUGUUUCUUCACAUUUUGUGUUUUUAUGAGAAAAUGUAGGCCAUUUAUGAGCUGUUGUAUAAAAGAUGAAAUUUUGAAUAUAAUCAAAUCUUCUACGUAUAUGUUUAAUUAAAAAGCAGGAGAGGAAAUGUU